UUAAGAUUAUAAUUCAAGUCAUAUAAAUAUGAUACAAUUUUUUAUAUUAUUCAGCCAUCAAGGAAAAUUAAGGCUUCAAAAAUGGUAUGUCUCUUAUUCAGACAAAUUAAAGAAAACAGUUACUAGAGAAGUAACAACUAAUAUUCUAAGAAGAAAUUCUAAAAUGUGCAAUUUUUUCGAAUGGACUGAUAUAAAAAUCGUCUACAGGCGGUACGCAAAUCUAUACUUUUGUUGCGGCAUCGAACAAAACGACAACGAACUACUUACCCUAGAAAUUAUCCAUAGGUACGUUGAAAUCUUAGACAGUUAUUUCGGGAGCGUAUGUGAACUGGACGUAAUUUUUAAUUUUGAGAAAGCUUAUUUUCUUCUGGAUGAGCUUUUGCUAGCAGGAGAAAUUCAAGAAACCAGUAAAAAUAAAGUGUUGGAUAUUGUGGGAAUUCAAGAUCUAUUUCAAGAGAAGGAGACACCUCAAGGAGUUUUUAAUGAUAAUGGACUUGGUUAGAAGUAAAUAUUUUUAGGUAUUACAUUUUGGGCAGUUUAAAAAAUAACUUACUUUCUAUUUAAGUUAUGCGUUAAUUAUUGCUUUAGAUGCUUAGUAAUAUUAUAAUAUGUUUAGUAAAGAUCAGUUCCAUUUUCUGAUUAAAAAAAAUCAAUUAUA